GAGCCGAGCCGGUCUCGGUGCGAGGGGGGAACGAGUCACAGGACUGGUGGUAAAAAUGGCAGAGUGUUCUGGCCUUCAGUUUGUCAGCCCCUAUGCAUUUGAAGCAAUGCAGAAGGUGGAUGUUGUGCGCUUGGCAGCACUAAGUGACCCAGAGCUAAGGCUUUUAUUGCCUUGCCUGGUGCGAAUGGCUCUUUGUGCCCCAGCUGAUCAGAGCCAAAGCUGGGCUCAGGAUAAAAAACUUAUCCUUCGACUCCUUUCGGGAGUGGAAGCUGUCAACUCAAUUGUUGCCUUGUUGUCUGUGGAUUUUCAUGCCUUGGAGCAGGAUGCGAACAAAGAGCAGCAGCUUAGACACAAACUUGGAGGAGGCGGUGGAGAAAGCAUCUUGGUGUCACAACUUCAGCAUGGUCUGACCUUGGAGUUCGAGCACAGUGAUUCACCUCGUCGGCUUCGUCUUGUGCUUAGUGAAUUAUUGGCAAUUAUGAAUAAGGUUUUGGAGACAAAUGGUGAGUUUUUCUUCAAGUCGUCUGAACUCUUCGAGAGUCCUGUCUAUUUGGAGGAAGCAGCAGAUGUUCUCUGUAUUUUACAAGCAGAACUGCCUUCGCUAUUACCCAUAGUGGAUGUGGCUGAAGCUCUGCUACAUGUUAAAAAUGGAGCCUGGUUCCUGUGUCUCCUAGUGGCCAACGUUCCUGACAGCUUUAAUGAAGUUUGUAGAGGUUUGAUUAAGAAUGGUGAACGACAAGAUGAGGAAAGCCUUGGAGGCCGUCGUAGGACCGAGGCGCUUCGUCACCUGUGUAAAAUGAACCCUUCCCAGGCCCUGAGGAUCCGAGGCAUGGUGGUGGAAGAGUGCCAUCUACCAGGCCUCGGGGUGGCUUUGACACUGGAUCACACAAAGAAUGAAUCUUCGGAUGAUGGAGUGAGUGACCUGGUAUGUUUUGUGAGUGGAUUACUUCUUGGAACAAAUGCAAAAGUUCGGACGUGGUUUGGGACUUUUAUCCGAAAUGGACAACAGCGAAAAAAGGAGAAUGUCAGUUCUGUGCUUUGGCAAAUGAGAAGGCAGUUGCUCCUGGAAUUAAUGGGGAUCCUUCCCACUGUUCGCAGCACACACAUUGUAGAAGAAGCAGAUGCCGACAUGGAACCAAAUGUAUCUGUGUAUUCUGGAUUGAAAGAAGAGCAUGUUGUGAAAGCCAGCGCGUUGUUACGUCUCUAUUGUGCUUUGAUGGGGAUCGCUGGUCUGAAACCAACGGAUGAGGAAGCUGAACAGUUACUUCAGCUAAUGACGAGUCGUCCUCCUGCGACUCCAGCUGGUGUUCGUUUUGUAUCGCUCUCGUUCUGCAUGCUCCUGGCUUUCUCCACCCUUGUCAGUACCCCAGAACAGGAGCAGCUGAUGGUAAUGUGGCUGAGCUGGAUGAUAAAAGAAGAAGCCUACUUUGAAAGCAUUUCUGGGGUUUCUGCUUCCUUUGGAGAGAUGCUCUUACUGGUUGCCAUGUAUUUCCACAGCAAUCAGCUCAGCGCAAUCAUUGAUUUGGUCUGUUCUACUCUGGGAAUGAAGAUUGUUAUUAAGCCCAGUUCACUGAGCAGAAUGAAGACCAUCUUUACGCAGGAGAUUUUCACUGAACAGGUUGUCACAGCCCAUGCAGUUCGUGUGCCUGUAACAGGAAAUCUGAGUGCCAACAUCACUGGGUUUUUGCCCAUUCACUGUAUCUACCAGCUUCUAAGGAGCCGGUCAUUCACCAAACACAAAGUGUCCAUAAAGGACUGGAUUUAUAGACAGCUGUGUGAAACCACCACACCACUUCAUCCUCAGUUACUUCCUCUUAUUGAUGUCUACAUUAACUCUAUUCUUACUCCCGCUUCUAAAUCUAACCCAGAGGCCACAAAUCAGCCAGUCACAGAACAGGAAAUCUUGAAUGUUUUUCAAGGACUCACUGGGGGAGAAAAUGCUCGUGUUAAUCAGCGUUACAGUAUCACAGCCCAGCUGCUUGUCCUCUAUUAUGUCCUCUCUUAUGAAGAGGCCCUCCUGGCUAACACAAAGACAUUAGCUGCCAUGCAAAAAAAGCCCAAGUCUUACUCUUCAGCACUGAUGGAUCAGAUUCCAAUCAAGUACCUUAUCCGGCAGGCACAAGGACUACAGCAGGAACUGGGAGGCUUGCAUUCUGCGUUGCUGCGCCUCCUUGCUACUAACUACCCACACUUGUGUAUUGUGGACGAUUGGAUCUGUGAGGAGCAAAUCACGGGUACCGAUGCCUUGUUGCGACGGAUGCUUCUUACCACCACUGCCAAAAACCAUUCUUCCAAACAACUCCAAGAAGCAUUUUCCAUGCUCCCAGGAAAUCACACCCAGGUGAUGCAGAUUCUAGAACACUUAACACUACUAUCUGCUGGUGAGCUGAUUCCCUAUGCAGAGGUAUUGACAUCAAAUAUGAACCAACUGCUGAAUACUGGAGUCCCACGGAGAAUUCUUCAGACAGUCAAUAAGCUUUGGAUGGUUCUUAACACUGUGAUGCCUAGAAGGUUGUGGGUGAUGACUGUUAACGCGUUGCAGCCUUCCGUAAAGAUAGUCCGACAGCAAAAGUACACUCAGAAUGAUCUGAUGAUUGACCCUCUGAUUGUACUGAGAUGUGAUCAGAGGGUUCACAGGUGUCCUCCUCUGAUGGAUAUUACUCUGCACAUGCUGAAUGGAUAUCUCCUGGCUUCAAAAGCCUACCUUAGUUCCCACCUAAAGGAAACGGCUGAGCAGGACAUUAGGCCAUCCCAAAAUAUGAUGGGCCCAGAGGCCCCAGAAGUUACAAGAGAGGAACUGAAAAAUGCAUUACUUGCUGCCCAGGACAGUGCUGCUGUGCAGAUCCUUUUAGAGAUUUGCUUACCUACAGAAGAGGAGAAAGCUCAGGGUUGCAACUCUCACAGCCUGCUAAAGAAUAUUCAAAGUGCUGCUGCCAUUGGACCUCAGAGUAAGGGUCUAGAAGAGGAAGAAGAUAGCCUUUUGUGUAAUCUUCGAGAAGUGCAAUGUCUCAUAUGCUGCCUACUGCAUCAAAUGUACAUUGCAGAUCCCAACAUCGUUAAACUAGUUCACUUCCAGGGUUAUCCAUGUGAACUUCUGUCACUGACCGUGGCAGGUAUUCCUUCCAUGCAUAUCUGUCUGGAUUUCAUACCAGAGCUCAUUGCUCAACCUGAACUCGAAAAACAGAUAUUUGCCAUCCAGCUGCUUUCAUAUUUGUGUAUCCAGUAUGCAUUACCUAAAUCUCUCAGUGUGGCUCGCUUAGCUAUCAAUGUCAUGGGAACACUGCUAACAGUUUUAACCCAGACAAAGCGCUAUGCUUUCUUCAUGCCGACCCUGCCUUGUUUGGUCUCCUUCUGCCAAGCCUUUCCUCCGCUGUAUGAUGAUAUUAUGUCUCUGCUGAUACAGAUAGGACAAGUUUGUGCCUCUGAUGUUGCUACACAGACAAGAGACUUUGAUCCAAUUAUUACACGUCUCCAGCAACUAAAGGAGAAACCAAAUGAAGAAUCAGGACUUUGUAAAGAUUCCUUUUAUAAGAGUGGACUAAAGAACAUAGGAAGCAUGGACCCUGAUGUUCAGUUAUGCCAGUGUAUUGAAAGGACCAUCAUUGAAAUAAUUAACAUGAGUGUUAGUGGAGUUUAGGAAAAACAGAAAUGAAGUUGGACUACAGCAAGUACGAUGUACAGUUUCUAAUUUUGGUAACAACUGCCAAAGUGGAAUUAGGAAUUGGAUUGGAACCAGUAGUAUCUU